AUGAGGUCGAUUGCAGCUUCGAUCGCUGGCUUGGCCACACUCCUGCCAUCCCUGGUCAUUGCCCAGUCCUCAAGCUGUGGCCCUGCGCCUUCUAAUGGGAUCCGUCCUUCAAUUGCGUCUGGCUAUACAUACCAAGUCGUUGCCACCGGGCUUGCAAAACCGCGUGGCCUCGUCCUUGAUGGGGAGGGGAAUCUCUUGGUGGUAGAAGCAGACAGAGGCGUGAUAUCUGCCCAUAGCCUUCAGGAAGAGAAUGGCUGUGUAUCAAUAAGCAGAUCUUCGGACGUCACAGAAGCCCUAGAGCUCAACCAUGGCAUCGAGCUCUCUGACGACGGGAGAACCCUUUAUGGCUCCUCAGAAACCGAUGUAUAUUCCUGGACCUACGAUGCUGCUGUGAGAACCGUUUCCGAGCAGAAAACCCACAUCAGUAACAUGAGUGGAAGUGAUCAUUCGACUCGAACACUUCUGCUCUCUCGGCAGGUGCCUGGUAUGAUGGUUGUGUCCAAAGGAAGCUUGAGUAACAUAGAUAUGCUGGCUACCGAUAGAAGCACCGGAAGUUCGCAAGUCAAAGCAUUUAACCUGACAAAUUCGACAUCCCCUUAUGAUUACAACUCCGACGGCCUGCUCUUGGGCUGGGGCUUGAGAAACGAGGUGGGAGUUGCAGAACACCCGCAAAGUGGUGGAAUCUGGGGUGUCGAAAAUUCUGCCGACCAAAUGACGCGGAUGGGAGUUGAUAUUCACGAGGACAACCCCGCCGAAAAGCUCAAUUUCCUAGGCUACUUGAAUGGAACAGCAUCCCCGAAUCAAGGAGGAAAUUUUGGUUAUCCGUGGUGUUUUGCUGCCUGGGAAGUGAACGAUAUACCAGACAAUGGUAAGUUGUCGGUCGGCAGUCAAUUCGCCAUCGAUGCCACCACUGCUUCCAACAAUGAAAAUAAGACGGAUGAAUUCUGUGCGGAACAAAUUCCCCCUCGCUUGAGCUUCCAGGCACACAUGGCACCUAUGGAUAUCAAAUUCAACAACAGUGGCCAAGAAGCCUGGGUGACUUUUCGCGGUAGUUGGGAUCGGACUGAUCCCGUUGGUUACAAGAUGGCGGUAGUAGCAUUCACCGAGGCUGGUGAGCCCGUUGACGAGCAUGACAGCAUGACAGCCGCCGUUGAUAUCUUUGCUAAUGAGGAUCUAUCGAGAUGCCCCGGCAAUUGUAUGCGACUUGUCGGAAUGGCCAUUGAUCCUCAGGGUCGCAUCUUUGUUGCUUCGGAUGCCUCAGGGGAGAUCUACCUCGUCACAAGGACAGACCGAUCAGGUACUCCCGCUGGAUCUCCAACAUCAUCAGCUUCAGCAUCAGCCACUGGAAAUACUGCACACAGGAGUCGUUCUCCGAUCUCAGGAGAUUCUCUAGGUCUCUUUUCGUCUCUGUUGGGAUUGUUGCUGUACUGGCUAUGA